AUGAUUAUUGUACACCACCUCAACAACUCGCGGUCGCAGCGGAUUCUCUGGGUGCUCGAGGAGCUCGAGAUCCCGUAUGAGAUCAAGUUCUACCAGCGAGGCGCAGAUCACCUAGCGCCUAAGGAGCUGAGGGACGUGCAUCCCCUCGGCAAGAGCCCCGUCAUCACCGACACGGACCGGGGCAACAAGGUGGUGGCGGAAAGUGGCGCCAUCAUCAACUACCUCAUCAAGUACUACGGCAAUGGCCGCGGCGUGCCUACGAAGGAGCGCGAAGACGACAAUGACUUUUGGACGCAGUUUAGCGAGGCCAGCCUGAUGCCCAAGCUCGUGCUCCUCCUGAUUUUCAUGCUGCUCCCCACCCAAGCGCCAUUCUUUAUCCGCCCUAUUCUGAACAUGGUCGGAAACCAGGUCCGCCGUCUUCUGAUCGACCGCGACUUGGAUGCCAUGAUCAAGCUGUCCGCUGAUGCGCUCACGCAAGAAAAGAGCGAUGGCCGCGCGUGGUUCGCCGGUGGCGACAAGGACGGCAACCCCACAGCGGCGGACUACCAGAUGCUCUUCCCGAUGGAGGCCAUCACGUCUGGUCGCUUGGACGCGAGCCGAGUGCCUGAGCCCAUCAAGAACUGGGUGGACAUGGUGCACAAGCGACCCGCCUACCUUCGUGCCUACGAAAAGGGUGGCCCGUACGACUACGCCAAACUCUAG